UCUUUCAAGACCAGACCUGACCAACACUGGAGCAGGUUCAGGUGGCAUGAUUGCUGCCAGGAAUAUUGCUGCCUCAAGUAAAAGUUUAUCUAAGCUUUCCUCAGUCAGAAUGCAUAUCAAAUGUCGGGGAGGCUUCUACCCUCGCACAGAUGACAAGGUACCAAGAGCAGAAGUACCAGAUGAUAAGGUUGAGUGGUCAGCACCUUUUCCUGACUAUACACCAAAGCAGUACACAGCUCCACACAUUCUGGCAGGUCCUGUAUAUGCUGACCCUGACAUUGGAUCAGACUUCAGGCCAUGCUGGAAUGCUUUAGAAGGGAACAUCAAUCGCUGUUCACAUGAAGGAACCUACAGCAUUGUGGAAGGUUUACCCAGAAACAUGCAUGGUCGAACAGGAAUUACUGGUCGUGGAGCCCUUGGUCGCUGGGGACCUAAUCAUGCUGCAGAUCCUAUUGUGACUCGUUGGAAGAUUGCUGGCAAUUUAGUUGUUAAAGGUGAAACUGGGAAACCCAUCCUACAAUUUGUGUGCAUUCAACGACGUGAUUGUGGUGAUUGGGCCAUCCCAGGGGGUAUGGUUGAUCCGGGAGAGCAGGUCAGUGCCACACUUCUUCGUGAGUUCCUGGAAGAAGCUCUCAACUCUUUAGAAAUGACAGAAGACGAUAAGAAUCGUACUGAGAAGAAACUAAAAGAUUUCUUCAAAGCAGGUGAGGAAGUUUACCGUGGCUAUGUUGACGACCGACGCAACACCGACAAUGCCUGGAUGGAAACAGUUGCAUACAACUUCCAUGAAAAUGAUCAGGGUGGUCUUCUGUAUAGUCUGAAUCUACAUGCUGGAGAUGAUGCUCAAGCUGUGAAAUGGCAAGACAUCAGUAGUCAAAUAAACUUGUAUGCCAGUCAUAGAGAUUUCAUUCAGAAAGUGGCUGAGAAUCAAAAUGCUCAUUGGUGAAAACAAAACUGUAAGAAACAUAGUGAAUAAAGAUCAGAUUGGUUGCACAAUGCAUAUCUCUAAAAAAAAACAAAAAAAACAAAAAAAAAACAGGCAAAUGUUUUUAAAUUCGUAGUACACUAUACUUGAAUUUAUGAUUAAUUUUGAGGAUGCUUCUGUAUUGUAUGCCCAAUUGCCUUGGGUUCAUCCAACUUGUACACCCAUAAAAAAAUUAUUCGGCACCCGUGUCGUAUUGUAUCACACCGUAAGGGUGCCAAAUAAUUUUUUAGUAGGUGUACAAUAUUUGAUUAGUGAGACUAUUUUAGAUUUGAAGGGGAUUGGAUGAUAAAAUAGAUACUGUAUAGGUACAAUAGGAACAGAUAUUAAAGAGAGGAUGAAGUAGUUAUAGUGAAGACAUUAUCAUAGUGGAAGAUGAAAUUUAAUAGGGAAUUCAGAAAUGGUAAAUCAGGAGGAAUAGGUGUGGAUUGUGAGAUGAUGAAAGGUGGAACAUGUGUAUGGUUAUUGACAAAAGUGAAUGAAGGGCAUUAUUUUCUUAUGGUACAUUGACAAAUUGGUAAUCCUCCUGGGUUGGCAAUCCAUUGGUUGUGAGUUUAAAUCCUCAUGCAAAGGGAAUGCAUAAUUGGAACUAAUUGUGAGCUAUUGUUAGUAUUAUAACCACUUUCCGACCUAUCCUGUCAGAUACUCUGGGACUAAUAGAUUCCAAUUAAAGGUGCAAGGGGAUGAACAGGCUAUCUAUGUGAAACAGGAGGUCAGCAAGCUAAAAGAUUUUUGUAUUUACAGGGAAUUGACAUAUUAUAAUACAAAAUGGAAAUUACAGAUUCACUUUGUAUCCAAUUUGAGGAAAUGGUUACAUUUAUAACUUUUCUUGCACUUUCCUCCUUUUUGUGUUUUGAUAAUCAGCCAUUUUCUCAGUUCAGGAUCUAGCUUCCACACACGAAUGGGUUUAUCAAACAUUUUUCCGAGGCCUCUCGCACCAGUUGAGCAUAAGACUGAUGUGAGAGGCCUUGGAAAGGUUUUUAAUAAACCCAUUCGUGUGGGAGCUAGCUCCCAAACACAUUCACCUAGUUCCUGAAUGACUGAGAAAAUGGCUGUAAAUCUAACCUCGAGUUUUCUGUGGUCUGCCCUACUCAUGCUGGAGGGGUGGAAAGAUAACUGACUAAGAGAUAGGAUUAUUAAAAAGAAAAAAGGUUA